AUGUCGCAGAAAUCAUUUUUCUCUUUGAUCUGCAUCUUAUUGAUAUGCAUAGUCUGCUGUGACGAACACGAUCACAUAUACAAGGAGGGGGAUGAGGUUGUGUUGUGGAUGAACACAGUGGGCCCCUACCACAACCGACAGGAGACCUACAGCUACUUUUCCCUGCCGUUCUGCAGGGGGCAGAAGGCUGGCAUCAGCCAUUACCAUGAGACUCUGGGAGAAGCCUUGCUGGGUGUGGAGUUGGAGUUCAGUGGAAUUGACAUUGAUUUUAAAGGUGAUUUUAGCCACACAGAGUACUGUACAGUUGACUUGGAUGAAGAAAAGUACCAGGCUUUUGUGUAUGCAGUACGGAACCAUUAUUGGUACCAGAUGUACAUCGAUGACCUGCCUAUAUGGGGCAUUGUUGGGGAAAUAGAAGAUGGCGGUGAGGGUUUCUAUAUCUGGACUCACAAGAAAUUUGACAUUGGCUACAAUGGGCCAUACAUAGUCGAUGUCAACCUGACAUCGGAAGCUAAAGUCAAACUGAAACCAGGAAUCAAGAUUCCAUUCUCAUAUGAG